AUGCCGAAUUAUUGUAAUUUUUAUGUCGAAUGGCUCAGCCUACUCCAACAAACAGAAUACCUAACAGAACUCUUUGAGAUCCGGGCCGGUCGCCGCCUACAAAAGUUAUUCAUGAAUCAUGAUAUUGAACGACUAAAUAUUUAUGGUCAAAUGAAAGCUAGAUACUUACGAGUCAGAUCCGAUGAGUUUAUUCCUCAGUUUUGUGUAAUUCUUACUAAUGUUUAUGAACAAGAAUCAGAUCUGUUUCCCAGCCUGAAACGAAGUUGCAAAAAUUAG